UUUGGUAGUUUGAAAAAUUGCGUCAAUAAUGGCAACGGAAGUUAAUUCGGAGACAGCAGCGCUACUGUUGACACUGGGACGUGAGAAGGACUACACGGCCCUCGGAGAGCAUUUGUCUGGGCUUGAAGACAAAGUAAUUUACAGCUUGACUGAAAAUGACCUCGAGAAUGACAGCAGCGGUACAGCCCUAACCAUGGCCAUGUUCCGCGGUAGUAGUGCAUUAAUUGAGCAAGGCAGUUUAGAGCGCGGGCAGAGUGUCCUCGGAUCGAUAGUGAGUGCAUGUGUGGGCGGCAUAUGCGACGAGGGAGCAGACCAAGAGGACAACAAGAGAUGGACUGCAGUAAGCGACAAGCUCCUAGAAGUGCUCCCGCAGCUCAGUCCACGGUCCAUCAUCGAUGUGGCAUUCCGGAUCCUGGCAGAACUCAGGGCGCGUGGGUCAGUUCCAAGUCCACUGACGAAUUUCUUGCCCAUGCUGCUGGAUACCCUUGGUCUGAUUGGAGCAGUGGAGAUUGGGCUAGGUGCAGCCACAGGUGGUGGUAGCGAGGGAUCGAGCGCAUACUGGGUCGAAUCGGCGUGCUCGUAUCGAUGGGAUCCCAAGUGCUCGGUAGCCGUAUGCGCUUUACUGCGCGAAAUCGUGUUGAGCGAGCAGCUUGUUGGAACACUCAGGGAAGUAGAGCUGACUGAACUUCCGGCAAUGGUCUAUCAGUUGCUGCUAUUUGCACGUAACGGAUACAGACAAGAGAUCAUUGGCGGUAUAUUUUCGGUGUUUGAUGCGCUCGAAGUCGAGGGUGGGCGCGAAUUGGCCGACAUUGAAGGCACAGUAAUGCUGCAUAUUUCGUACAGCAUCAAGCAGGACUUGGACCUGGGCUCAGCAGUGGUAGCGUAUGCUAAGGAAAUCAACGGGGUGUCGCGGUCACUGUCGACAUUCUCUUUUGCCUGCUUGCUGUCGCUGGCCCGGAUCCACCGAUUCGAGGAGACGAUUACAGGGUUUCUGCGCACGACAGUGAUCAAGAGCAUCCACGACUCGCUGGUGCUCGACACAACGUCUUGGAUCCGUCCAUAUCUGCCAGCGAUUACGCUUGACGCACAAAGCCUGUUUAAAACAGUGGUGGCACGGACGUCGUAUGGCUGGGACCAGGUGACACAGUCGUUUAUUCACCUGUGUCUCGGCCUUAUCGAGAGCGCAGCAUCCAAGCGCAGCAACUACAGUGCACAGGCAUGCUCACGAGUACACAGCAUCUGUGUGAACUCGCUGCGGUCUGCGUUCAAGAUGCACGAGUUUGUGCGGUCUGAAGUCAUUGGGCAGAUCCUGCACCGCGUGGCAUUUCAGAACGACUCACAUACCGUGUGCCUGGAUCUCUUAGGGAAGCUGGUGGAGGAUGAUCCGGAUGCGGUCAUGGAUGUGUUUGACUCAAUCUCGGUGCUGGACGCGCAGACAUACUGCCGAUCCUUAGUUGAUGAAGCACCGUUCCGCAGCUCCCUCUUGCUGGUGAUUCGCAAGAUUCUGUUUGCGCACAACAUCGAAGACCGGCACAAGGCUUUGGCAGGGCUGUUUGCAAUGAUUGCAGAGUUUUCAGAGGCCGCACAGGAAUGUGACUUGCUCUCAUCAGUGCUCCUGGAGAUGGUUGGGCUGCUGCGCCGGUGCUUCACGCAGCAGGCAGAAGUGCCAUCUUCCGCGGUCGAGUUUGCCAAGUACUACGAGGGCAACGGCGGAUUCGACUCGCCGAUCAAUAUUCAAAAGUGCCUCAAUCCGUCGACGCACAAGUCAGCCAUGCCCAUUGGCAGUUUUUUGCAAUGCUACGGCAAGCUAACGAGCGCGCAGGCCGACUUACUAGGCCAGAAUGAAGCAGGGUCGUCAAAAUUUGCGACAGUGGCGAAUGAGUCGUGCGACCAGCUGCGUGACCUGUGUGCGCGGUUUGCCAAAGCAGAGAUGGAGGACUUUGAGCUUGACCCGACUGGCGACUAUUCAAUUAGCAGUCCGUCGACGCUGCGCAACCACAACACGAUCCGCCUGGUGAUCGGCUGUCUAGACUCGUGCUUCGAAUAUGUGGCCAUGCACAGCGUGCGUGGAAACUGCAGCUGCACUAUCGACAACCCCGACAUUGCGCUCCAGCUGUAUAUGAAAUAUGCACGGUUUGCCGACACCUUGUGCACGCGGUGCCUGGACGACAAGAACAAACGCAUCAUCACCCAUCCGGCUGAGCUAUCGCUGGUGACUAUAGAGUCAGCUAUUGGUCUUCUGCAGCUAAUCCUGCCUGACCGUCAGCGCCAGGAUGAUGAACAGCAUCCGAUGAAUGAGAUCCAUGGGCAUGACUGGUUUGUCGAGCGGGCUGGUCGUGCAAUCACCUGGUCAGCGAGCCAGCCACUAGUCAGGCAUUUGCUUGAAACUGCCCUGCUGAGGAUUCCUGGGGCCAGAGUUGAGCAGGUGCUUGAACUGGCAUAUACUGUCUACAGCGGCGUCAUCAUUCACACUGCGAGUGAGUGCGACGAUAUGCCUGCGUACUUGAAGCCAAAGCAAGCCAAGGGCCGCACCACAAUGAUCCUCAGCUGCGAGGUGCUUGCAGCAUGUGCCAGCACCUUAAAGGAUCGCAAUCUGCUUGGCCUACUUGCAUUCGCGAUUCUGAAUCCCAGCGCUGUCUGCUUCUCCCAAACCACGACGCCCAGCAGACCGCAGAUGGCCAGAGCCGCUGCUGCUCUAGUUGCCAGCCUGCAGAGAUCACGGCCAAUUGCGACCAAGGACGUGGUUGUUGUUAUUGGCGUCAUCCAGGGCCUGAACGAGUGGCUGGUCGCGGAGCUUCCUGGAUUAGAUGGGUCAGACCAACAGCACACAUACGCAGCACUGAACCGCCUGGCACGAUGGACCGCGUCAUUGCUCGGCGGUGAGCUCCCCAGUGACCUGGGACUGCUCAAGGCGCUGUUUUCGCUAAUAACCGCCGUGCAAGCGCAUCUACAGCCUGCCGACACAGCGCUGGCACAGUACUCGGCCGAUACCCAACCGGCGGCAGCCAACGAUCAGACCGAUGCGGCGGAGCUGGGCGAGAUUUCGCAUUUCGGUGAGGAUGUCGAUGACGAGGCAAUGGAUCAGGACGACCUCGAUCUGUUCCUGCCGCGCACAUUCGCACCACUGCUGACGCUCCUGGCAGGGUGGGUCCGCAAUGAGCUGCACACAAUCAACUGGGCGGCCGGCCAGCUCAGCCGCUGCGUGGGCACUGAGGCCGACGGGCACGACGACCCUGAGGUUGUGGGCAGCAUUCACGCGGAGCGGCGGAUCUGCCUGCGCCUACAUUCGCUAGCAUCCAUCAUCUGCUCGCUCUUUGAGCGCUCGCUGGCCACCACAAGCGACCUGCCCGUGCGCAUAUUCCUUGACCUCCUGCGCGCACUGGACCAGCUGACACGCAGCAAGCUGGCCAUUCCCCUGCUGCCCAUUACUGAGUCAUAUAUCAACAUCCUCGAGUUUGUGUGCUCGGAUCUGACAAUUCGAUUCUACGACACUGUCGUGCUGCGCUACGGCAAAGACAGUGCGCCGGUCCAGGCCGACGAGAAAGAGAAGGGCAAGAAGAAGAAGGAAAAGGGCGGCAGGACGAAGAGCCGGGUGACGCGCGACUCGGCGCUGGUCUCCAAUGUCGUGUAUCAGAUUGAGAUGACCGAGAAGCACGUCAACCAGCUGGGCGCCAAAUUCAAGACCCCGCUGGCGCACUACCUGAAGCGCAGCACCGCGCGCGAUUUCCGCAUCCAUCGCAAUGCUCUGCCAGCCAUGCAGCCGCCUAUGUUUGGCGAAGACUGCACGGCUGCUGCUGGCCAGGAAGAAGAGGAAGAGGAGGUGCUGGUCAGCGAUGACAGCGAGGCAGGGACCGAGAUGCUGGGCGCCAUGGACUCAGCCGAUGACGACAGCCACCAGUCCAAGCGCAUCCGGGUAUAGCGCGAGUUGAUGUUGUGUAUUGAGAAAGAAAAAUGGAUUUUAA